AUGCUGAAGGACCCUAAAAAAAAGACGUCCAAAAGUGCCACAAGCGAGAAAAUGGCAUCUCAAAGUGGUAAAAACUCGCCCGUUGCAGCAAUUGUCGCCAGAACGCGUUCCAGUAAUGUAGAAUUUGUGCCUGCCAAAACGCACGAUAUGGUUCGAUCACUCUUCGAUCCAACUUUGAAAAAAUCAUUCUUGGAAGUGUUGAUUAGCUUGGCCAUCAUAAGCAAUGUGGCACUUUGCUACUUUUCUGUUUCGAAGAUCGGGGUUGUUUUCACCAAGUGGUUUUUUCUAUGGCAGUAUGUCUUUUGGAGAUUAUGCUAUAACGUUGGAAUUGGUGUGAUAUUGUAUUACCAGUCCAAAUACGAGUCUCUCACUGGGUAUGCAAAGCGCCGCGGAAUUUUUGAUAAGAAAAAUCAACACUGGUUGGCGCGGUUCUGCCGGUUCGAAAUUGAAUCUAAGAUGCCCUCUUCUUACAAAGUCGAGGCGUACCCAGAAGAAUUCAACACCUGGCUUCUCUUCCGCCAAUUCGUGGACCUGAUCCUCAUGCAAGAUUUUACUACCUACGUGCUAUUUGUGUGUCUAUCCAUUCCCAAAACUGUUUUACCUAGCCACAGUGUGAGGGUGCUACUGGGAAUCUUGAUGAUUCUAUUCAACGUUUGGGUGAAAAUUGAUGCUCACCGUGUUGUAAAGGACUAUGCUUGGUAUUGGGGCGACUUUUUUUACUUUCAGGAUUCCAAACUUGUGUUUGAUGGUGUGUUCAACAUUUCACCACAUCCCAUGUAUUCGAUCGGUUACAUGGGAUACUACGGGCUGAGUUUGAUUUCUGGGGAUUACAAGGUUCUCUUGGUGUCCAUAGGGGGUCACUUGCUACAAUUCUUGUUUCUCAAAUACUGCGAAACACCGCAUAUCGAGAAGAUUUAUGGAUCGGAUGCCGUUGAAUCCGAUAACGCUCAAAUUGAUGACUUAUUGGUAAGAGAAAACCGCAAUUACUCGAGACCGUUGAUCACAAAGGGCAUUUUCUUCACAAAUUUCGACAAGUUGAGAUUAACGGAUUAUUUUACUGCCGCUACAUCUCUGGCCAUUGCAGCUCUUGUAUUCACUCUAAAAACCUCCAACAGGACACUUUUUUAUGCUGCGCUUGGUGUGAAACUGUUCACAUCCAUCUUCCUCUCAGCAAUCCUAUACAAGCAAUCCACAUCAAAAUGGUUCACCAGACUCUUCAUGAAAAACGGUUAUACCCAGGUUCAUUCCUUCCAUCAAUGGCAGUUCAUUUAUAAUUACUCGUUGACCGUCACCUACACGCUACUUGUCUUGCAGACAUGUCUUCAGUUAAGGUCUUUAGAAACGCUGAAUUAUACUCAGAUCAUUUUUGGGUUCCUGCUUUGUUAUUUGCAGAAAUGGUGUGACGACGAGAUUUUGACCGCCAUUUCCGAGUUUGGCUGGUUUUACGGAGAUUUCUUCCUAACUAAUUACAUCAACUCGCGGAAAUUGAACUCUCAGGGCAUUUAUCGCUACUUGAGUAACCCUGAGAGGUUUCUCGGAGUUGCGGGAUGUUGGGGCUCUGUCUUGAUCACCAAUUUCUCGUCAUAUAACAUGGCACUAGCGGUUGUGUGGACCGUAGCAAACUUUGCGUUGGUUAAGUUGGUGGAAGAACCUCAUGUUAACAAAGUCUAUGGUGCUAAAGCGCGGAAAAGUGGUGUCUCGAGCACUUUGAUGGGUUUCAAACCCAUCAGAAGAUUCUCGGAAAUUGUGGACAAGAUGGAAUCCAGAAUAGCAGGUCAUUUGACUUUUAAUGAAGGUGUUUUCGAAGAGGAAGCAGAAAUGAGUGGUAAGUCAGAAGCACAAUGGAAUGGAAUGUUACAGAAGGCCCUGGACAACGCUACCGCUAACCUUGCCCCGAAUUGUAAGUUCGAUGUGGGCGAUGGAACAAAUCACGCCAUUCUAAUCCCAGGGCCCAUUGAGGUGCACUGGCAGCUUCCAGCUAAGCUUCAUGACGACAAGGAUUGGGUUGGACUCUACGAAGUUUUGGAGACAGGAGACGACCGCUGCAGAACAAGGAUCUCGACGAAUGGACUAUGGCUAGGGAGCACUCCCGGGUCGUACCGCGACAGUAGCAGACCGGAGAACUGUGUGUACAACUUCAAGAGAGCAGGCGACGUGGUUUCCGGUGAUCUCAAGUUUGAUCAUCAAUUGAUGUUUUUCGAGGAAGGUAUUUAUGAGCUAAGAUACCACAGUAAAAAUAGUCGCAAGGUGCUCAUGAUUUCUCCGCCUUUUAGACUAUCGCUUCCAGACCUGGACUGCACUUCCUCGCGAAGCAUGAACGAAGGCUUGACAAAUUUCCUGAAAUCUUGCCAUGCUUACGAAAAUGGUAGGUUUGUCCCUGGCAAGAACCAACAUUUUUCCGAAAAAUGCUUUAAGAAUAUCAUUAAGCAAGUGGCUGGUGUUGAUCUUUCCGCGAAAUAUCUCAGGAGAAUAAACUACGAAAUUGAAACGAUCUCCGAGACUGUUCAAGAGAUCAACACAGUACUAAAUAACCUGGAUUGA